CAUGACGGCCACAACCCACUCCAGCCUCCCGGCCUUUUUUCAUUAUAUUUCAUCUUGGGGGGGCAUCAUCGCACUCGCGCUUAUUGCACUACACCAGUGGACUUUCCCCUUCCCCCCUUGCAAAAGAACAAAAAAAAAAAAAAACCUCCGCUCCGGUCGGUCUGCUAUUUCCAAGCCUCGGUCAACCUUGCCUUGAAGAUGAAGUUAAAUACGAGCCGUCGUCAGGUGCAAGCCGCAUCCGAUGGAGGAGUCCUGCUUUUAUUCUCGUUCAACGACCAGCUCGAUGCUGCACUUCCUCACGCUGCGGUCCCACUUGACAAAUUCUGAUAUGGACUAUGAGAGACCGAACGUUGAAACUAUCAAGUGCGUGGUGGUUGGAGACAAUGCAGUUGGAAAGACCCGCCUUAUCUGUGCCCGGGCCUGCAACGCCACGCUGACCCAGUACCAGUUACUUGCUACACAUGUGCCCACAGUCUGGGCAAUUGAUCAAUAUAGAGUAUGUCAAGAGGUAUUAGAGCGCUCCAGGGAUGUUGUGGAUGAUGUCAGUGUCUCUCUCCGGCUCUGGGAUACUUUUGGAGACCAUCAUAAGGACCGGCGUUUUGCAUAUGGCAGGUCGGAUGUUGUGGUACUUUGCUUCUCAAUUGCCAAUCCUAACUCUUUGUACCAUGUGAAGACCAUGUGGUACCCUGAGAUCAAGCACUUCUGCCCACGUGCUCCUGUUAUCUUGGUAGGCUGUCAGCUGGACCUGCGCUAUGCAGACCUGGAGGCAGUGAACAGGGCGCGGAGACCUUUAGCCAGACCCAUUAAAUCCAAUGAGAUUCUUCCUCCAGAGAGAGGACGGGAGGUGGCCAAAGAGCUAGGAGUGCCAUAUUAUGAAACCAGUGUUGUUGCUCAGUUUGGAGUCAAGGACGUUUUUGAUAAUGCCAUCCGAGCCGCUCUCAUCUCACGCCGUCAUCUGCAGUUUUGGAAAUCUCACCUCAGAAAUGUACAGCGGCCUCUCCUUCAAGCGCCCUUCUUGCCUCCAAAACCUCCCCCACCUAUAAUCACUGUACCGCCUCCCCCAUCCACCACAGAGGAGCAUCCCGUUGGUCUUCUGGAGGACCCACACUGUGCUGACGUCAUCCUGGUCCUGCAGGAGCGACAGAAAAUCUUUGCACACAAGAUAUACUUGGCGACAUCCUCCUCAAAGUUUUAUGACCUCUUUAUUAUGGAGACACAGAGCGAAGAGCCUGAAAGGCCCCUUCGCGGUCCUCUCUCAGGCAGAGAGCUGUUGAUCCGUGCUGCUAGCUUUGACGUUUGCGAAAGCAGUGAUGACGGAGACAGGGCCAAUCUGAGGGCCUGCACCAGUGACGGGACCCUGAAAGACUCCGAGGGGGGCCGACGGGGAAGGCUGCUUUCCUCGUGGAGUCGAGCCUUCGCCAGCAUCCAGGAGGAGCUGGUAGACGACCCUGUCACAUACAGCCCACGACUCAUGACUGUAGUGCACAUGGACCAGUCCAUGCAACUCGGUCCUUUUCGAGCUGUACUCCGCUACCUGUAUACAGGUCAGCUAGAUGAAAACGAGAAGGAAUUAAUGCAAAUUGCACACAUUGCUGAGCUGCUGGAGGUCUUUGACCUGCGGAUGAUGGUGGCAAACAUACUUAACAAUGAAGCCUUCAUGAACCAAGAAAUCACCAAAGCCUUCCACGUACGCCGCACAAACAGAGUAAAAGAGUGUUUGGCCAAAGGCACCUUUUCUGAUGUAAUAUUCAAGUUAGAUGAUGGGACAAUCAUGGCACACAAGCCUUUACUCAUCUCUAGCUGCGACUGGAUGGCAGCUAUGUUUGGCGGGCCUUUUGUGGAGAGCUGCACCAAAGAGGUGCAGUUUCCUAACACAACUCGCAGCUGCAUGAGAGCUGUGCUGGAAUAUCUCUACACGGGGAGAUUUUGUUCCCGGCCUGACCUGGAUGCGAUGGAGCUUAUUGUUCUUGCCAAUCGCCUUUGUCUCCCCCACCUGGUUGCACUUACAGAGCUCUACACUGUAACAGUCCUGACGGAGGCAGCGAUGAUGGGGGCUGACAUUGAUGGUGAUGUGCUGGUGUACUUGGAUGUGGCCCAGUUCCACGGCGCCCUACAGCUCACUGGAUGGUGUCUGCAUCACAUUUGCACCAACUACAACAGCGUCUGCCGCAAGUUUCCCAGGGAUAUGAAAGCCAAGUCUACAGAGAACCAAGAAUACUUCGAGAAGCAUCGCUGGCCACCUGUUUGGUACUUGAAAGAAGACGACCACUACCAAAGAGCACGCAAAGAGCGCGACAAGGAGGAUUACUUGUACCAGAGACGGCAAUGUAAACGCAAGUGGCUCUUCUGGAACCUUCCUUCCUCCCCAAACUCAAACUCUCCUUCUGGCUCAUCUGCGGUCAUCUGACCCGGUGGGUAAGGGUGGGUCCAAUCUGGAGUGCAUCCUUGUGUGUACAAGUCAUAAAAAAAAGGAAUAUUUCAGAAGAUAAGUCCUGCUUGCAUGGCCCACCCCCGAUUAAUCAGGCCCACUGUUCCUCAACCUGCCUGUGAAGGCAAAUGCUCCAGGUUUGUGAGGACAGCUCAGCGUCAUGAUCAAAAUGAGGACUGUUUUUCUUCUUUUUUCAAAUUUGGUAUGUAUAAGACGCAAACCUCAGUGAUAUGAACCUUACUGAAAACUGGCACAGUGUAACUCGUAUGAAUUGUUAUAUAUUCCACCAUUUGAGUUUUGAAUUUUAAAACUACCAUCCUGCUGGCACAGAACUUUCCACCUCACCAUCUGUUAACCUGAACUGAUAACCAAGUGCUGCUUAUCAGCUGCAAACAACCAGCAACUCAACACAGAACCUACGUCUCAGAGAUAAAACACUUUGUCCUUAAGUGUUUGUACAAUCUGCCAAUCCAUAUGAUCUCACCAACAGGAUGUAACAAUAACACGGCCUGACAGUUACUGAAGUCAUUCACUCCAACCACCCUCAUUAUUAUCAUGUCUGCACAUAAAAAAAAAAUAUUGGCAACAUUUGUUUCUGUUUAUUUUUCUACAUUCAUACAUAAUUUUCUGAGUUUUUGUGUACAGCUUGCAUAACUGAAAAUGGUGUGAGACUGGACACUUAACAUUUAAGUAUUUUAAUCUUGUACAUUGUGACCUUUUGUCACAAAAGGGCUUUGGUUUACAUGAACGCAUUCAGUUUCCUGUUACACAAGACAUCCCAAACUCAAGAAGAAUAUACAAUAUGUAUUUUCUGUCAAACGCCAGAAAACAAUGAACCAGACCAAUAAUAUUUGGUAUGUGUUGCUUAAUGAGGCUUUCUACCACACAUAUGGCAAGAAUAAUUUAGUUUUAAACUGAGCGAUUUCUUCAUAUUGAUCACUGUCAUGCUGGAAAGCAACACAAUUAUUUUCAAAGCUGAAGCGACUACAUUGACUUUUCCAUCCAUCUGUGACUGGAUCUAUCUCUGGUGGGGAUUUGGCCUUUAGAGAUUUAGUUGAUAACAGACUGCCCCGACUGUUUGCUGUUGGAUAUGUACAACAUGUGCAUAUGAAAAGACUUCAUCACACCUGAAUGAAGCCAUUCUCAAUCUUCUACACACCCUGAGCACUUUCGGGACUCUACAAAGACGCACACAAGAACCUCCUGUAGCACCACACUGGAGAGCGGCACUGAAGAUUAUAUGGUGUUAUGAAAAAAUGACAUGAAGAGGACAUAAAACCCACUAUACUGAAAAUGUUUCCAGAAAAGUUGUGAAGAUAUGUGAAGAUGGGUAGUAUUGUAAAUUAUAUUAAAUAUCAGAUGCGCUGCAAAUGACUUGCAUCACUCUAAUGUGCUGUUACCUAGUAUUGUACACUGCAGGCAGUGCGUAAAAUCUUUCACUCUUACUGAGUAAUAACGAAUAUAAACUUGACUUAUCUGACUUGUAUUUAGUUACUGUGCAGCUAGAAACUGUUGAAAAAGACUGAAUACUCAUUGUGCUGACCUCCAGCCUUUUCUAUAGCUGUAUAUAGCCUACUUUAGUAUACAUGCAACUUACGGGCAGUUCAAUCCAUCAGUUGACUAAUAGUAAAAUAGGACUACAGUGCAAAGUGAAGUAGACAUAUUCAUAUAUAAAUGGCAUUAUAAAAGUGUACACUAGAUCCAAGAAACAUAGUGUUGUCAUCAAAUCAAUGAUCUGCAGCAUACGCUGGAGCUCAUCCAGCUCAUAGUGACUCUCAAAGGCUUGAAACAACUUUUUUUGCCUUCAAAAAAAAAGAAAAAAAAAUCCAGUUUCCUUGUUUUAACACGUUUUGAAGAAAAGCUUGCUUUAAUUUUUUUACAUCAUUGUUCCUUUGCACAAAUGUAUCAACUUAACAGAUUUUGUGGUAUUGAUCAGUUCAGUGAUUGUGAAAAUGUAUUAUUUGUCAUCAUUUAAAAUUGAUAAGAGGUGGUGUUGGUGCUCUGAGCAGUAGCUUUAAAUAAAUCUUAAUUACAUUAAAGUUUCUAUUGCUAAUGAAAGACAGGAACUUUCACACAAUUUAUCCUAGUUGUUUAAAUAUUUUGGCACAAAUGUUCAGUUAUUAGGAGACGAAUGUGCCUCCAAAAACACUGUCGAGCAGGCUUCAUAGUAAUUCUGAAUGUUCAAUUUAAUUAUAUAAUUUCACUAACAUGCAAUGCCCAGUUAAACUACUCAGUGUGACUGAAAAUGAUCACAGACAUGCAUUUCAUUCUGCUAAUAUUUUGCAUUAACAACACCUCAUGCCUUAAUGUACAGUGUGUGUGGUAUUGAAUGUAAAGUAGUGCUACUGUGGUUGCCAGCUUGUUUGCUGUAUUUUAAGCUGCUAUGGUGCUCUCUAGGCUGUGUAUGUAUUUGUAAAUGUGCACAAUCCAUAAUUUGGUUGUAAAUCAUUCAGUUGGGCCGUGAUUUGAGGCGUUCGACAAGUGUGCUUUGGAGUUAACACUCUUUUGUGUGUCCAUUUAAAAGCAAACACAAAACAUAUUAAAGAGGCUAGACAAGCCCAGACUAGGCUGCACUAACAACUGGUCAUUAGAUUGUGACAUUUACCAUAAGAUAAAUGCAGGGAUUUAAAAUGCAUUUCAUUAAAGUUUCUUUAAUGAGCUUAGCUUUUGAGCUUACAUAGAAUGAAAAUGCUGAAAUAUUGUGAAAAAUGAAAGUUAGGUAAUGUGUAAAUAUAUGUGUGUGUUCACUUCGGCUAUUCAAACUUUGCAUAUGACUUGAUAGAACUAUUGCAUAGCUUAACGUAGAUCCUGCUGUAUACUAUGCAUAUUCAAAUGUCUGGCUCUGAAACUACAAACUUGCACUGCUUUGUAGCACUGGGUUCUCUUCAAAUUGCAUUUGUCCGGAAUAUAUUGCAACGUCACUAGAUUAGUAGAUAACAUCAGGUAAAAACAACAAAAUAAAAUGAAUAAAUAAAAGGAUACACCAUAAAUUAUGACAAAGUUGCCACUGGGCCCUUUCAAUAUGUUUGGGUGCUAUAUCACAGCUGCAGAGAAGCACAAACCAAAGCUUUAGCAGCACCAGGAAUAUAAUGUAUAUGCUGCACAAUCACUACUGCAUAGUUUAAGAGGCCUUGUUCAGAAAUGGUUGAAAAUUAAAUAAAAUAAAUAAAUAAACAACAAAUGAAAAAAAAAGAACUUGAAUGUUUUUCUCAGUGUUUGAAACCUGGACGACAUUUUCAUUAGUCUCCAGGUAUUUUCUGUUCUCAAGAGCUGUUUUUAUGGUUUAGGAGCUGUAAAACUGAAAUUCUGUAGCAUGUGUUCUUGAAAAUGUGUAAGAAACAAUAUAUUUAAUAAAUA